AUGACGGCGCUUGUGACCGGAGCAACGGGAUUCAUCGGCGGCAACUUGGCGCGUGCGCUCUGGCAACGCGGCGAGAAGGUGCACGCGCUGGUUAGGCCCGGCGCCAACGACAUCGCCAUCCGAGGCACCGGAGUACAACAAUUCGCCGGCGACCUGCUGGACAUGGACUCCUUGCACCGGGCGGCGGAGGGUUGCGAUUCGGUAUUUCAUUGCGCCGCAGUGUAUGCGUUCUGGUCCCGGCGCCCUGAGGGCAUUUACGCUGCCAACGUCCAGGGGACUCGCAACGUCAUCGAGACUGCCCUCAAGGUUGGCAUGCGUCGCGCAGUAUUUACGAGUUCGGUAUCCACGAUUGGAUGGCCGGAUGCUCCCGGGAAGGCCAACGAAGAAACUCCAGUCAACCCGAAGCUGCUCGUGGGACACUAUAAACGCUCCAAAUUUCAGGCCGAACAGGAGGCGCUCACCGCAAAUGAGAAGGGAUUACCGGUGAUCGUGGUCAAUUCCUGCGCCCCGGUUGGCAAGUGGGAUGUGAAGCCCAACCCCACGGGUCGUAUCCCUCUGGAUUUCGCACGAGGCCGAAUCCCCGGUUACAUGGACACGGGAAUGAAUCUGGUGGAUGUGGACGACGUAGCCGAAGGGCACAUCCUGGCAAUGGAGCGGGGCAGACCGGGCCAACGAUAUAUUCUCGGCAACCGAAAUUUGACCCUCUUGCAAGUAUUCAGGAUGCUUGCCGAUAUCACAGGCAGGCGCGUCCCCCGGUUUCGAUUCCCGUAUCCGUUGAUUUUGGGCGCCGCCUAUGUGGAUCAAUGGAUCCAGGGCGCAAUUAUGGGGCAAACGCCCAGGAUACCCGUGGAAGGAAUCCGGGUUGCUCGCCAUCCCAUGUACGUGACCUCCCAAAAAGCCGUUGAGGAGUUGGGAAUGCCGCAAAAUUCCGUGGAAAUAGCCCUGGAAAAAGCGGUGCGCUGGUUCGCCGAUCACGGUUACAUUGGCACGCGAAGUUAG